GAAUUGGUUGAAAUGGAUUCGAAAUCAAGAAAUUUUCAAUCUUCAUAGACUUUAAACCUGAACCACCAGUGGCAGUCCUUUGUCCAGGUCUCCGACCAAGGAAGUGCCUUUCAAUAUGUGUGGGCUCUCCUAAGGAAAGUAGAGAAAGGCACCCACUUUCACUUCCAUUAUAAUAUUGGAAGCCACCAUUCACUACUGCUCCAGCAAAAGCACAACAAGGCUAUUUAGCUAGAUCCCACCAUAUCUCUUAAUGGAACCAGCAGCUGCUUAUGUCGACAUUACUGCUUGGUUCGACCGUGUAUCGGAGAAAGCUGGGCUUGUUCAGACGGAGACUCUUCGCCGGAUUCUUGAACUCAACUGGGGUGUGGAAUAUCUCCAGAAAUGGUUAGGGGACAUCAACAUCCAAGAUAUUGAUGCAUGUGCAUUGGAAUCUCUCUACACCUCUUUGGUGCCUCUUGCUUCCCAUGCAGAUUUGGAGCCUUAUAUUCAGAGAAUUGCAGAUGGAGACACAACCCCUCUACUUACUCAACAGCCUAUCACCACUCUCUCCUUAAGCUCUGGAACCACAGAAGGGAGACAGAAGUUUGUUCCUUUUACUCGCCAUAGCUCACAGACUACUCUGCAAAUUUUUAGCUUGGCAGCUGCUUACAGAUCAAGGGUGUACCCGAUAAGGGAAGGAGGGAAGAUCCUAGAGUUGAUAUACAGCAGCAAACAGUUCAAAACAAAAGGAGGUUUAACAGUAGGAACUGCUACAACCCACUAUUAUGCAAGUGAAGAGUUCAAGAUCAGGCAAGAAAAAACCAGGUCUUUCACAUGUAGCCCACCAGAAGUCAUUUCUGGUAGAGACUACAAGCAAUCCACUUAUUGCCAUCUUCUUCUUGGUCUCUUCUUCUGUGAUCAAGUAGAGUUCAUAACCUCCACUUUUGCUUAUAGCAUAGUACAAGCCUUUGCAGCAUUUGAAGAGAUGUGGAAAGAAAUAUGCAAUGACAUUAAAGAAGGAAGUUUAAGUACAAGAAUCACUUUGCCUAAGAUGAGAGAAUCUGUGUUGGAUAUCAUCUCAUCAUCUCCAAAUCCAAGCUUAGCUUCAAGAAUUGAGGAAAGAUGCAUGAAGCUAGAAAAUCUUGACUGGGUUGGUCUGAUUCCUAAGCUGUGGCCUAAUGCCAAGUAUGUAUACUCUAUAAUGACAGGAUCCAUGCAACCUUACAUGAAAAAGCUAAGGCAUUAUGCUGGAGGUUUACCAUUAGUGAGCGCUGAUUAUGGAUCUACAGAGAGUUGGAUUGGGGUUAAUGUGGAUCCAUCUUUGCCUCCAGAAGAUGUUACAUUUGCUGUAAUACCCACUUUUUCUUAUUUUGAGUUCAUGCCACUUUAUAGACAGAAUAAAGAUUUCAGUGCAGCCAUUGAUGACUUCGUAGAAGAUAAGCCAGUUCCACUCUCUAAAGUUAAGGUUGGACAAGAGUACGAAAUUAUCCUCACUACUUUUACUGGGCUUUAUAGAUACAGAUUAGGAGAUGUAGUGGAAGUGGCUGGUUUCCACAAAGGGACCCCGAAGUUGAACUUUGUAUGCAGAAGAAAGCUAAUAUUAACAGUAAACAUUGACAAGAAUACUGAAAAAGACCUUCAGGUAGUGGUCGAGAGAGGGGCUCAGCUACUGAUGAGCAAGGCUAGAGCAGAGCUUGUAGAUUUUACUAGCCAUGCUGAUGUGGUGAAUCAACCUGGUCACUACAUAAUUUACUGGGAAAUCAAAGGAGAAGUAGAGGAAGGUGUUCUUAGAGAGUGUUGCAGAGAAAUGGAUGCUUCUUUUGUUGAUCAUGGUUAUGUGGUUUCAAGAAAAGCACACUCAAUUGGACCACUGGAGCUUUGCAUUGUGGAGAGAGGAACUUUCAAGAAAAUAUUGGAUUAUUUCGUAGGGAAUGGGGCUGCACUUAGCCAAUUCAAGACUCCCAGGUGUACUAGCAACCAGGUUCUUCUCAGAAUUCUCAACGUCUGUACCAUUAAAAGGUUUCGCAGCACUGCAUAUGCCUGAAAUGGGAAAAAUAAAGUAUAUCUUUUUUCUUUUGCCAGAGAAAAUAGAAACUUAAUCAACUUAAUUUAGAAUCAAUACUUUAUACUCUUACCCUUCUAGAUUAAGAGAAACAAUUCUAAUAAUUCAGAUAUUGAGUACAUAUUUUAUAAUGUAAAAGGUUUAUCA